AUGAGAGAAAAUGCGAACCUCCGAGCCAACAGAGACGAUCAACCAACUAGGCAGACAGAAACUCGAAACCCUCAGGCCCACAGAAACGAGCAACCAGCAAUGCAAACAGAAGAAGAGGAAGCAUUUGUGGGAGUAAAUCGAUACCAACCUUACAAUACUCGGAACCAAAAUAACAUCAGACACGAACAGGAAGCUUCGAGGAACGAAAGAAACGAAAUUAUACAACCUAGGAUGGUGAUAGAGACGACAAAUACAACGCCAAUGGAUAAAGAUUCACCACAGACGAUGGUGGAAGAAUUACCUACAACAACUGAUGAGCCGGAAGAAAUGGCGAUUGAAGAUAAAAUCAAUAACAUUGAGGUUAGCAACGAAGUAAAGGACACGCAGAAGGAAGAGAUAAAAAAUCUGCUAUUAGAAAGAAAAGAUUUGUUCGCACAGACUAUAGAAGAGUUAGGACAGACCGACCAG